AUGAGCGGAUCAGCAGAAAAGCCACAGCGACCGCCCUUCAUCAUCGAGGUAGCCUCGACAGAGGAGAAGGUGCAGGCGUGCUUUGAUGUCCGCGUAGAGAUCUUUGUGGUUGAACAGGGCUUUGAUGUCGAUAGCGAGCUAGACGAAUAUGAACCAAUCUCCUCCUCCCUCCUCCUGUCCGUCACGCAGCCCUCCCCACCGCCCGAGUCCACUUCAUCCCUCAGCCCCACGUCGCUCGACCCAGAAGCCCCACCGUCCAAGAAACCAAUAGGCACCGUCCGGUUCACACCAUCCAUCGGGAAGAUCUCCCGCCUGGCCAUCCUCAAAGACUACAGGCAAUACGGAUUCGGCAAGGAGCUUAUGCUCGCUGUAGAGCAGCACGCGAGGGAGCACAAGGCUGAGGAUCUAGCGGGAGCAACGAGGGACGCGGAAGAGGGAGAGGGGAAGGUGUAUAGGCUGAAGCUGCACUCGCAGAUGCCAGUGGUGCCUUUCUAUGCCAAGUUGGGGUUCAGGAAGGAGGGACCAGAGUUUGACGAGGAGGGAGCACCACAUCAGAAGAUGAUCAAGGAUAUCAAGAUUGCAAGCUAG